UGAAAAUAAAACUUGACUUUUCAAGCUAAAAGGGGUCAGAAAGAGAAGGGUAUUAGCAGCCUCAAGAAGGUCCAUUCACCCAUGAUGGAUUCAGCUGGUGCAAGCAGCAGAAUAAACGAUGAGAAGUCAUUGGAAUCGGGAGGCCACCACCACAACCACAAUAAUCACUUCUUUCAUCUGGUUUUAAGGAUUAGCCUGCUAUUCCUAGCGGUUGUUCUAGCAUGUCUGGUUCUUUAUCACUCUGUCUAUUCUUUCCAAUUCUUCCCCAACUCCAUGUACAACCCAUCAGCCUCUUCUCAAGGCUCUGCUCGUGGAAUCAUAUCUUCUCUGGCCAAGGAUGAUCCUGCGUUAGUGGGAGUCUUGAAAGAAGCAGCAAUGACAGACAAAACAGUCAUUAUAACUACAUUAAAUGAAGCCUGGGCCGCGCCAAAUUCAAUAUUUGAACUCUUUCUUAAGAGUUUCCGAAUAGGGAAUCAAACUCAAGGGCUCUUGAAUCAUUUGCUAGUUGUUGCUUUGGACCAAAAGGCAUAUGCUCGUUGCUUAGCAUUGCAUGACCAUUGUUAUACUCUCAAUACUCCAGGCAUCGACUUUUCAAGCGAAGCACAUUUCAUGUCCACUGACUACUUAAAGAUGAUGUGGAGAAGGAUUGAUUUUCUUCGCAUCAUUCUUGAAGUCGGAUACAACUUCAUCUUUACGGAUAAUGAUAUAAUGUGGUUUCGAGAUCCAUUUCCACAUUUUUAUCCGGAUGCUGAUUUCCAGAUUGCAUGCGAUCGCUUUUAUGGCAACUCGUUUGACUUGAACAACUCUCCCAAUGGAGGAUUUACCUACGUAAAAUCAAGUAAGCAGACCAUCGAAUUUUACAAGUUUUGGUAUGGCUCAAGAGAUAAAUAUCCAGGCAAACAUGACCAAGAUGUUCUCAAUAUGAUAAAAUUUGAUCCUUUCAUCAGGAAGAUUGGUCUACAAAUAAGGUUUUUGGACACUGCCUAUUUCGGUGGAUUUUGUCAGCCUAGCAAAGAUUUGAAUCUUGUGUGCACAAUGCAUGCAAAUUGUUGUGUUGGUUUGGACAAUAAGAUUCAUGAUCUUACAAUUCUGCUCGAGGACUGGAGAAAAUAUAUGUCAUCGCCAACAAACAAAAGUGUCACACCACAAUCAUCUUGGUCCCCGCGACGUUGCAGUUAGUAUUCUAUCUUCUGACCUGCUGAUUUUACCAUUACAAACGAACUCAAUAUGGGAUCCUUUAUUUUAGUAUUUUUCUUUCUUAUUUAAAUGUAAAGGUUAAUAUCUUUUUGUUUUAUGUUCAUGGCAUCCAGCCCUGCAUCUUUUCAUUGACCCCAAGAGAAUGUCCGAAUAAGAAAGUAAUUGGACUUUGAGAUAAAU